UAAAUUUUAAUACAAAAUGGAAACUCAUAAGGAAUUUAAAGAAAAUGUAGCUGAUUUAACUAAAAUACCGCCAAAUGAAUUUGAAAAAUAUUUCCAAAAUUGGAUGGAACGAGAUGAUGUCGCCCGAUCGCUGCAGGCUAAGUUGCGUAGUGAUCUUAUAAAGAAUUUCAAUAAAACAAAUUUGGGCAAACACAUUAUGUCACAUACCAUGACCUCCACCGGAGGAUCCACCAUGCGUUUAACCCUUUCUCCUCUGGUAUUGGCUCUAAAUACUUUAGUAGCUGAAUUUCUCUAUGCGCAAAAUUGUCAUUUCACUCUAUCCGUUUUCUGUACUGAAGUACCAUUUCGUAAUACACUACCCGAUUUUGAAAGUAUGCGUAGAUUUCGUUUUAACAAUGAAGAAAUUGCGGAAAUAUGGCAAGCAGUAACAGGUGCUAAAGCCAGCAAAAGAGAUUUAAAUAAACAUAUUAUACAAAAUUAUGAAACCAACCCAAAUAUGUCCCUGCUCUUGCUCAUAAUAAAAUAUCUACUAAAAAGAGAAGCAGAGGAUCACUUAAAAAGAAACGCUGAGGUUCAAACCGAUAAACAAGAAAAGGAAAAUAAAUCGAUUUCGGCUCAAGUUUCCGAUCCGGAAAAGAAAUCUGCCAAAGAUGAAAAUCUUCAACAUAUUAAUCAGUAUCUCUUAAUUCUAUCCCAAAAGGUAGUUGAAAUGACUAGAGAGUUUGAACAAUUUGCCAAACAGCGACAUGAGUCCAGAUCACGCACAUUAAAAUCUGCACGAUCGCGAGAGUAUUACACUCUGAACAAAAGCUUAGAGCGUAUAACGGAAAAUAUGAAAGCAAUGGCUCAGACAAAACGUAAAAAUAAACGUUUAUCCAAUAUAGUGGAAUCCAUAGAUAAUUUGACUCAACAAUUCGGUAAAUGUGCUCAAAAUUUCGAUAAUGUUACCAAAGUUUUAAGUAAUCGGGAGGAGCAGAAACCUAUGGAGGAAAAACCAAAACGUAAUAAAGUAAAAUUUAAAGAGAAACAAACGGAAACGGAGUCACAGGAAAAAUCCUAUGCCGAAUGGAUUCAUGAAAUGCGUAAUACGGAAAAUGGUCAAAGAUUUUUGAAUAGGGUGGAAAUUUCUUUGCGUAAAGCUUUAACCAAACACCGGGAACAGAUGCAAAGUGAAACGGAUAUUAAAAUGAAACAUUUAAAAAGUCUAAUGAGAUUACAUUAUCAGCAAAAGUUAUCAAAGCACUUGUUGCAAGAUCCUAAAAUAAAUUUGGAAGAAACUCGCAAAUGUAAUGAUAAUAUCGAAAAGAAAUUGCAACAAUUUGAAAAGAAACAAAUGGAAUUAUUGGAAAAAUUAAAGGAAUCUUCUUUAGAGUUACGAGAGGCUCAGCAGCAGCGAAAAGAGGACAAUGCUAUAUUAACGGUAGAAGAGAAAAUUCAUGAAAAGAAAGAUAUCCUUAAAACCAUAUAUGUCCAAAGAAGAGUUGACCAGGAAAAUUUUCCAAAAACUAGUAUAAGAUCUGACAAUGUAAGAGAAAAUACAAACCCAGUAAAAGAUAUAGAAGAAAACAGUUUAUCAAAACCUCAAUCUUUUAAUCAUGGAGAGUCUCCAAAACCUCUGGAGAAGGAUGAAAAUAAUAUGGAGACAGGGAUAAGCAAAACGUUACAACUGAGAGAAGAUCAGGACCAAACAUUGGCUAAGCCUGAUCAUAUGAUAGAAGCAGAAGCAGCAGCAUCAAUAUUGAAGGAUGUUUCAAAAACUAAAGAGGCAAUUGUCGAUAUGGCUAGGACUAUAGUAGAUCAGGGACGUUCUGUGGAUCAUAUAAUUUAUGAUGCAAAACUACGCAUUCAGCAAUUGGAAAAUGAAAGCAAUCAAUUGGAACAAAAUUUUCAGUCAUAUUUGGAGCGACGCAAACGGGACCAAGAACAGGCAGCUGAAGGGCAUAACGAAAAAAUACCGAUACCCAACUUUAAAGAAAAUAGUAUCACCCAAGGGAAACAAAUAAUUAGUGCUAGAAUGCUAACAGAUAGAAAAACCUUUGAAGACGACGGUGACGAUGAAAUCGACAAAGAAUUUGAACUUAUUAAGGAAACUCUGCGACAAGGUCAUGAACAAAUUGAAAAACCAAAAAGCUCUAAUAGUGAAAGUUCUACCUCCUCACUAGAAGUACGAAACGCUAUACUUGAGGCUAAACUGAAAUUUUUCGAACAUGAGAAUACCAUACGAAAAUGUAGAGAACAGGGUGAAGAAAUACGUAGUGGCAAUUUGUUGCAGAAGCAUUUGGAAAAAUAUCCGGAAAUAUAUGAAUUGCCAGAUUAUUUUAAUCAAAAUUUUGGACAAGGUACAUCGGAAACUAAUAUUCAGUUAAGUGAAAAAAUUAAUGAUCACAAGGAGAGGAAACAAGAAAAUUUAGAAUCAAGUUUAUCGGAAAUCAAUAUUAAAGAUAAAACUUUAAAUGACGAUCAUAAUAUUGAGCUAAGUCCUAUGUUAAAUUUCGAAUCGCCAAAUAUGGAAGAUUUAGCUGUAACAAGUGUAAGAGGGGAAUUGUUUCCCAAACAUGAUGAAAAGGUGACAUUAGAAACUACUACACGAACUAAUGAUUCAGAGCAUAACUUAAGAUACAAUGAACCCAUUCCUAAGCAAAGCAAAGAUCUGGUGAAAGCUUUAAAAGGUACAAAAAAUCUGAAGGAAAAACCCAUGCCUCAAACCGAUACUACGGCUCAAUUGAUAAAACAAUCUAUGGCGAAAAUGCAACAGCUGUUCGAGCAACAAUCUAAAUCUCAAGAUACACUUAGAGAAAUGGUUAAUGAAAUAACUCAGGAAAGGGAUUUGCAGAGAGAAGAUAAACCGUUUACGUAUAAAUAUCAGUUACAUGAACGUCCUAGUGAAGCUUUGGAUAAAAGUCUUACCACCACUGUUACUUCGACAACCACUGCUACUACAAUUACAACCCAAGCUAGUGAAGAAAGGAACGAGAAAAAUCAUUUACAAAAUCUGGAAAAUGUUGUAAAUUUAAAUCGUAUCUCUAAUACUUCAGUGCCUUCUAGACUUAAUCUAUCUAGUGAAAGUGAAGAUAGUAUCGAUUCCAAACAACUUGAAAUAGAAAUGACUGCCGAAACAAUUAAGGAAAUAGAUGAGGAAGAAGAGCAAACUAAAAGAGAGACAAAGGGUAAAGAACAACUUCCAAUGGAACAUGAUGAACUGGGCCAGCUGUCAGAUUCUACGGAGACAAGUGAUUUACAUCCACUACCCUCUUCUAAUAAAAAACAUCAACAGAUCGAAUCACAAUUACCUCAAGAAUUUGGUCAAAUUGAUGAUUAUCCCAAAAUGGACGAUUUAAAUUUAUAUAAUCCCAUUAAUGGCAAGGAAAUUGGCGAGAUAUUAACUGAAUCUAAUCGUACAUUUGUUCCAAUUGAUUUAGAAUUAGGUGAUAGUACUUCUACGCAUUCAAGUUCUGAUUUGGAAAUAUCUACUGGUGAUCAAAAUAGAAAUGCAAAAAAUUUGGCCGAUGAUAGUGAAAGUGAUUUUUGGGCUUAAAAUUGUUCUUUUUAUUAAAUGUUUAGUUUAAGAGAAUUUUAUUUUUAAAUAAAUAUAUUUUUGA